AUGGAAAGUUUAAGUGAACAAGAAAUAAAGUAUAGAGAAGAUACAACUAAAGUUUACAGGGAGUUAUUAUCAAUUCCAACAGUCAACAACGCAUUUUUUACAAACAAUGAUGAAAGUAAUGAAAAUCAAACAUCAGCAUCAAUCAUUGUAUCUCAAAUUGAUAUCACCAAUAAGAAAACUAAAUUUUAUAUGUCACAAAAAACAAUUUUAAAAGAUUCAUCAUCAUCAUCAAAGAAAAACCAAGUAAUUUCAUCAGCAAUUCAACAAGAAUUAGCAACUUCAAUCAUAUCAGUAUCACCAUCACAUAAGAAAGUUUUAACAAUUAAAGAGAACCCUUCAACUGAAUUCGAAUUCUCUUUUGAUAUUACUGAUGGUUCACAUUUAAUUACUUCAAUUACUUCAAAAGAUAUUCAUAAAAAAAUUUUAAAUGAUGAAUGGUUUGGUAGUUUUUCAUGGUCACCAUGUGAGAAAUAUGUAGCAUUUAUUGCAGAUUCAAAAUUAAAUGUAACAGGAUUUUUUGAUAAGGAACCAAAAGAUAAAGCUAUUGGUGAUCAAUUUGUAUUUAGAGAUGAUUGGGGUGAAACUUAUUCACCAGUUGCAAAUCCAUCAAUAUUUAUAUUAGAUAUUGAAAAGGAGGUUGUAUUCCCAGUUGAACCAUUCCCAUCUGAAAAGAUAUCAGCAGGUCAAGUCAUUUGGACACCAAAUGGUGAGGGAUUAGUUUAUGUUGGUUGGAAUUUUGGUAAAAGAAAACUUGGUAUUAGAGCAUGUUUCAAUAGAUCAAGUUCAUUGUAUCAUUUAAAUUUCAAAGAGUUUAUUAAUGCUAGAAAUCAAUGGAAAGAGAACCAAAAAUUGGAUCCAAAACAAACCAAAUUAACAACACCAUUGCAAAUUGUAAAUUUAAUUCCAAAUGGUAAUAAUGGUUGUUAUAGAUCACCACGUUUUACACCAGAUUCUUCAAAAUUAAUUUUCUUGGGUUUUAACGAAAGAAUUUAUGCUCAUGAUACUUGUUCAAAGAUUUUCUCUUUAAAUUGGUCUUCAAACAAUAUCACUCAACAACAACAACCACCACAAUCAUUUGAAACAUUGUUGGAUUAUAAGAAUUUUAAUGAUUCAUUCCCAGGUGUUUUCUGUCAAUCAUUACCAGAGAGACCAUUUAUUGAUGAAAAAACAUUUUUAUUUUCAACAAUUAUUAGAUCAACUGAAAUGAUUGUUUCUUUUAAUUAUGAAUCAAAGGAAUUGAAAAUUAUUAAAAUUCCAUCAUCAACUGAUGGUGGUGACGAAGAACCAAAACUUUAUGUUUUAUAUGAUAUUGAUUUUAAAUCAAAGAAAUAUUUAAUUGGUGAAUCAUCAGUAAAUCAACCAACUAAAGUUUAUUUAGUUGAUUAUUUGGGUAGUGAUAAAGAGAAACAAUUAAUUUACUCACCAAAACCAAGUGAACAAUGUAAUUCAAUUUUCAAAUCAUUUAAUGCAACCAUUCAUAAUGUACCAGUAUCAAAACCAACACCACAACCAUACACAGAGUCAAUUAAAUCAUUUGAAUUGAUUUACUUAAAGAAUAAAAAUAGUACACAAUCUUCACCAUUGGGUUGUUUAGUUUUCAUUCAUGGUGGUCCACAUUCAAAUUUAGAUGUUGGUUAUGUUUCAACAAUCACUUAUUUACUCUCAUUGGGUUAUAAUAUUAUAAUUCCAAAUUAUAGAGGUUCAACAGGUUAUGGUAAAGAUUUCGUAGAUUGUUUACCAGGUUAUAUUGGUGAUUUGGAUGUUGACGAUUGUGUUCAAGCAAUUAAUUACACACUCGAUAAAAUCGAUAAUACAAUCGAUAGAAAUAAAAUUGGUGUUAUUGGUGGUAGUCAUGGUGGUUUCUUAUCAGCACAUCUAAGUAGAUUCCCAAUUGUCAAAACUUCAAUCAUGAGAAAUCCUGUAAUCGAUAUUCCAUCAAUGUCAACCUUAUCCGAUAUUCCAGAUUGGUGUUUCUUUGAAGCUGGUAUUAAUCUCUCUGAUCCAACCUCUCAAUAUCAUACAUUACCAUCAAUGGAAGAAAUUGAAAAAAUGAGAAAAUGUUCACCAAGUUUCCAUAUUGAAAACAUCAAAAUUCCAUCAUUAUUAGCUUUAGGUGAUUCAGAUCUUCGUGUUCCACCUUCUCAAGGUUUAUUAUAUUAUCGUAUGUUAAGAGAAAGAGAUGUACCAACAAAAUGUUUAAUGUAUCCAAAAACUGGUCAUAGUCUUGAUUCAAUUGAUGCUCGUUUAGAUCAAUGGGUUAAUAUUUCAUUAUGGUUAAAAAAAUAUUUAAAUUAA